AUGAUACUUUUGAUAUUUUUCAUAACGAGGAAAAAAGACUCGAGAGAAAUCCAACUCUCAACGAAAAAAGAAUUGAAAGAAAACCAACGACUCUCAAGUAAAAAAGACUCGAAAGAAAACCACCUCUCGAAGAAAAAAAGACUCGAGAAGAAGGAAACCACCUCUCGAGGAAAAAAGACAAUAAAGGAGAAAAGCAACUCUCGAGGAAAAAUAACUCAAGAGAAAACCACCUCUUUGAGAAAAAAAAAAACAAGAGAAAGAAGAAACGCAACUCUCGAGGAAAAAAGACUCGAGAGAAAGCAGAAACGCAACUAUCUAGAGAAAACCAAAGACUCGAGAGAAAAUCAUAUCUUAAAGAAAAAGGGAGAAAUAAAACCAAAGACUCUCGAGGAAAAAAGACUCGAAAGAAAACCCCCUUACCAGGAAAAAAGACUCGAAAGAAAACCCCCUUACCAGGAAAAAAUACUCGAGAGAAAUCCAACUCUUGAGGAAAAAAGAUUCGGCAUAAAACCACCUCUCGAGGAAAAAAGACGAAAGAAAACCACUUCUGGAGGAAAAAAAGUCAAGAGGAAAAAAGACUCUAGAGAAAUCCAACUCUCGAGGGGAAAAAAAGACUCGAGAGAAAUCAAACUCUCGAGGAAAAAAAGACAAGAGAAACCGAACUCUGGAUGA